UUAAAAUGUUGUUUUUGCUAUUACAGUAACUGGUGUGAGAUUUUCAAUUUCUAAGGAGAGAGUGCUUUUAGGAAGUACAGGCACCUUAACAAUGAUAUGUAAUAUCACAGAAACAGACAUUAAAACUUUGCACAAUAUCGAAAUCGGACAAGUUUCUUCAACUACCAAUGCGGAGAAAGACCCUAUUCAAUGGAAGACAUUAGCGGAAAUGGAAUUAGGACAAACCGAGAGCCCUACAUUGAGUCCAGGUAUCAAUGCAAGUGCAAAAAAUUAUGUUGCUGGAGGAUCAUGGGAUUUAACAACACCUGCUAACACGUAUCUUACAUUGUCAAUGAGCAUUGAGAAGUUAGUUUGUGAUGAUGCCAGAGCUUAUAGAUGUUCACUGUUGUAUGAAAGUUCCACGAAAGGAACUGUAAUUGAAAGCCCUACAAAAGGAACUUUAGUUUCAACUGACAUGAAUGCUACUUUUUCGGCCUUUGUAAAACCACAAGUUACAUCAUUAAAUGUAAAGAAGAAUGGUUUCAAAGUACAAGGAGGGUCGCCAUCUGACAUGACCACUGCUGAGGUAGGAGAUGAGUUGGAACUAACUUGUAAAGCAAAUAUAGGAAGCUUACAAGGAACUAUUAUUCGAUGGCAUAGAACAUCGGAAACUUCUCAGAAUGAUGACUUUAUUGGCUAUCAACCACCGCAAGGUACAUUUGAUGAGGGCACUGCAGUCAGUGACAACCAGUGCGGAUAUACACGAGUGGCUUCAAUCAAGUACAACGUAACAGCAGCUGAUGCCAAUAGGGAUAACAAUCUGGCAUUUGAGUGUUAUGUUACAGUAAGUGGAGAUCCGUAUGGGAACACGUAUACCUCAAAAAACAACCCAAGGUUCUACACUGAUGUCACUAAGCCAGAUGGUGGAACAACAAGUUCAAAUACACUAGCAGCAGGUAACAAGAUUACUAGUGAGCAAAAUGCAGGAUUCGUAAAUUCCAUGUUGUUCAGCUUUGAUCUAAAUUCAUGCUUAAUAUUUAACUGUAGUCUUGUUUCAAUGCCAAGCAGAAGAAGCAAAAGACAGUUUAUUCAAAUGGCAAAUGAGUCAUUUUUGGAACUGUAA